AACUUUUCGUCAUUUUUAUUUAAAAAAAAAAAAAACUUUUUGUCUCUUCUUCUUUCUUUAAUAUACGGUUAUUAUUAGUUUCAUCGAUUACUCUGGUAUAUAAAAUGCUGGUAAAAGCUGAGAAUCUUUGGAUUUCUUGAAAAUUGCGCAAAUACCAAAAUGGGUUGUUAAAGCUUCACGUGUCUCCUUUGCCGCAUGCACAAUCCUAUCUUCUUCCUCUUAUCUCAUCUUAUUUGUUUUGUCCCACUUGUUUCGAUAAGCUCAAGCAAAUCUUCAAGAGACACUCAAAGUCUUUUAACAUUAACUGACAAUCUUGAAUCAUCUUGUAGGGGUUUCUAAGAUUCUCUACACUCCCUCAAAGUCAUGGCCUCGUCUGCGACACUUAGCAAGAAGCAGUUUAAGAGGUCUACGACCAAGAAAUCACACUCAUGGUGGUGGGACAGUCACAAUUGUCCCAAGAACUCAAAGUGGCUUGCAGAAAAUCUAGAGAAGAUGGAUGACCGUGUGAAACACAUGUUGAAGUUGAUUGAAGAAGACGCAGACUCUUUUGCCAAGAAAGGUCAGAUGUAUUACCAGAAGCGUCCCGAGUUAAUCCACCUUGUUGAGGAGUUUUACCGCAUGUACCGCGCUUUGGCUGAGCGUUAUGAUCAAGCUAGUGGUGAACUUCAGAAAAACCAACAGUCACAGGGCUCUCUUGACCAAUCAUCUCCUACCUCGAGUCGCCGUCAUAAGGAAGAGGAAGAGUCAUCAUCUUGGACAGAUCCUGGUUCUGAUUCUGAUUCGAAGUCGGUUGAUGAUCAUUCCUCUGCUAGUGAUGAAGAUGGUGACGAGGCAUUGAUCCGUAGGAUGGCUGAUCUAGAGCUUGAGCUUCAAGAAACGAAACAGAAGCUCCUUCUCCAGCAAGAAAAUGUUAAUGGUGACAACAACAACAACACCGAUCUCCUUCAGAAAAUUACUGUAUAUGAAGGAGAGCUUAGAGAAGCCAAUGAAAAGAUUCGGAUGCAAGAAGGAGAGAUUGCUAAUCUGAAGGUUGAGAUUCAGAGCUGCAUGUCCUCUGGAGCAGAGGAGAAGCUCAAGUUGGCUCAAAACGACGCUGACACUCUCAGAAACAAGCUCAACGCAGAGAAGAAAGAAGUCUCGAAGUUGGUUGAGAGACUUGCAAUGGUGAAAACUAGUUUACAGGACAGAGAUAACGAGGUAAGGUCGCUGAAAACAGCAGUCUCUGACGCUGAAGAGAAGAUAUUCCCAGAGAAAGCACAGAUCAAGGGAGAAAUGUCAAAGCUCGUUGAAGAACGAAGGCAACUUGGAGAGCAAUUAAGAGAGCUGGAAUCACAUAUAAGGCUGAUCAUGGAAGAGAAAGCUGGAAUAGAGGAAAAGCUUAAGGGAGAAUCCGAGAAGAUAAGUGUAAUGAAAGAUGAGAGUAAUGUGCUAAGAGAUGAGAUUGGGAAGAGAGAAGAGAAGAUAAAGGAAAUGGAAAAGCAUAUGAAGGAGCUUCACAUGGAACACGUGAGGCUAAGAAGACGGUCGAGUGAGCUUGCAGAAGAAGUUGAGAGGACGAGAGUGGCUGCAUCAGAAGCGGCUGAGCAGAAAAGGGAGGCCAUAAGACAAUUGUGUAUGUCUCUUGAGUAUUACAAAGAUGGGUAUGAUAGGCUUAGGAAUGUUGUUACAGGACAUAAGAGAGGAGUGGUCUUAGCAUCAUGAAGUUUGUGGCUAAUUAAGUGUAGUGGACUUGAAUGUUUUUCUUAAGGUUGAAGAUGAAUAAUAUAUGUUUGAUAUAAGUAAAUAUUUAUGCUAAUU